AUGUUUCCACUAGGGGUCAGGAGCACAAAUUAAAGCGAACUAAUCGGAGUAAAAGAAGAAAAAGUGUUAUUGUGAUUGGCUCGUUUCAAACUGGGAGCGCCAUUCCGUUUCCUUGACUGCUGUUGUCCUGUUCUGAUGGGUGCGAGCGUUCUUGUGUGACGUUUGCCUAAUUUUGCGGACUUUUCUUCCACAUUUCUCUUCGGAUAUAUCCUUCUGCUCUAUAAUGUGUCAAGGCGAUGUACCAGCAUGAUGGAAUCUUGUCCGCUUGACCGGGAAAACCUCAACAGUUUAUGGGCAGAAAGCAGCAGCAGCAAUAGCAGCCUCCUCAGUGACUCACAGCUGACUCAGCCCAGCAGCUCGGAAGACAGAGAACACGUGAAGGUCUACCUCCGCGUCCGACCCUUCACGGCGACCGAGGCCCAGAAUGGAGAGUCGCAGGACUGCGUGUCCGUGGAGCCUCCGGACACAGUCCUGCUGAGGCCUCCCAGCGCGCCGCCGACGGCUCGCCUCAGCUCUGACAAAUGGGACAAAUCCUUCCUGCACACCGGUCAACGCUUCCGCUUCUCUCAGGUGUAUGGUCCAGACGCCACCCAGAGGGAGUUGUUCCAAGGGACGGCCAAGGAUCUGGUCCAAGAUGUUCUCCACGGAGGGAAUUCCCUGCUCUUUACUUACGGGGUCACUAACGCUGGGAAAACCUUCACGUUUUUGGGUCCGGAUGGCGACGCUGGCAUCCUGCCCAGGUCUUUGGACGCCAUCUUCAGCAGCAUGGAGGGGAAGGUCUCGACCGGGCCCAGCAUCAAACCCCAACGCUGCCGAGAGUUCGUCAGUCUGAGCGAGGAGCAGCGGGCCGAGGAGGCCGCCUUCAAGGACAACCUGCUGCGGCACUUAAAAGAGAGCGACAAGGCCGGCAGCAGCGUGGGGGGCUCCAGCGGCCCCAUGCGCCUCCAAGGCUCGUCGCUGCACCGGCAGACGGCGGAAGACCACCUGAGCCUCCAAGUGGAAGCUGACAGCAAGUUCUCCAUUUGGGUCUCCUUCUGUGAGAUCUACAAGGAGUACCUCCGCGUCCGACCCUUCACGGCGACCGAGGCCCAGAAUGGAGAGUCGCAGGACUGCGUGUCCGUGGAGCCUCCGGACACAGUCCUGCUGAGGCCUCCCAGCGCGCCGCCGACGGCUCGCCUCAGCUCUGACAAAUGGGACAAAUCCUUCCUGCACACCGGUCAACGCUUCCGCUUCUCUCAGGUGUAUGGUCCAGACGCCACCCAGAGGGAGUUGUUCCAAGGGACGGCCAAGGAUCUGGUCCAAGAUGUUCUCCACGGAGGGAAUUCCCUGCUCUUUACUUACGGGGUCACUAACGCUGGGAAAACCUUCACGUUUUUGGGUCCGGAUGGCGACGCUGGCAUCCUGCCCAGGUCUUUGGACGCCAUCUUCAGCAGCAUGGAGGGGAAGGUCUCGACCGGGCCCAGCAUCAAACCCCAACGCUGCCGAGAGUUCGUCAGUCUGAGCGAGGAGCAGCGGGCCGAGGAGGCCGCCUUCAAGGACAACCUGCUGCGGCACUUAAAAGAGAGCGACAAGGCCGGCAGCAGCGUGGGGGGCUCCAGCGGCCCCAUGCGCCUCCAAGGCUCGUCGCUGCACCGGCAGACGGCGGAAGACCACCUGAGCCUCCAAGUGGAAGCUGACAGCAAGUUCUCCAUUUGGGUCUCCUUCUGUGAGAUCUACAAGGAGAACAUCCACGACCUCCUGGAGGCCGCCCCCGGCGGGGCGGCCAGGAGGACGCCCCUGCGCUUGUCUCAGGACGUUAAGGGAAACACCUUCGUCAAAGACCUGCGCUGGGUGCAGGUGGACAGUGCCCACGAGGCCUACCAAGUCAUGAAGCUUGGCAAGAAGAACCAAAGCUUCUCCUCCACUGGGAUCAACCAGCUUUCCAGCAGGAGUCACAGCAUCUUCUCCAUCCGUAUUCUAAGGAUGAAGGAUGACCAAUCUGCCCGAGUGGUCGCUGUCAGCGAGCUGUGCCUUUGCGACCUGGCCGGCUCGGAGCGCUGCGCCAAGACUCAGAACUGGGGAGAGCGGCUCAAGGAGGCCGGAAACAUCAACACGUCGCUGCUCAUCCUGGGGAAGUGCAUCAGUGCCCUCAGGCACAACCAACACGCUAAGCUGCUGCAGCACGUCCCUUUCCGCGAGAGCAAGCUGACGCACUACCUGCAGUCCUUCUUCUGCGGCCGAGGCAAAGUGUGCAUGAUGGUCAACGUCAACCAGUGCGCGUCCACGUACGACGAGACGCUCCAAGUCCUCAAGUUCUCCGCCCUGGCACAGAAGGUGGUGCUUCUACCCAGCAGGGCCGCUCCCUUCCCACCCCGCAAGCCGCACCCCAACAAAGGCGCCAGGAAAACGCUGCGAGGGUCUCUGACUGGCUUGCAGAGCGCCCUGGAGGAUGUGCAGGAGGAUGAUGACGAUGACGAAGAAAAGACAACAGUGGAGGACACCGUCUAUGAAAGUGAGGAGGAAGACCUUGGAGAAAUCGAGGAUGAAGUCAUCAUCAGUCAAAUGACACAUCAGCAGCAGGUGGCGCUGUUGAGACGUUUUCAAAUGGCGCUGAAGCAGGAGCGAGCAGAGAGCAUGCUGGUGGAAACUCACGUCAGAGAGGACAUUAGCAGAGAGUUCAGCCAGAUCUUCGCAGACAUGCAGAACGACUUCACGGAGCGGCUGGCCAGGGAGACGCAACUCCUGGAGGAGCGAGCGGAGAAACGUCUGGAGAUAUUCAAGAUGAUGACCAACAAGAUGGCCGCCUGCAGAGAGGCUGAGGACCACGAGGCGUCAAUGUCAGCGUCCUCCUCGUCUCAGCUGGAAGACAGACCGACGUCGGAUGGGCCUACACUCCAGCGCAGUGUGAUGAAGCCGGGUGAGAGCAGUGGGGCAGAGGAGGAGAAGACGAGGCUUGCGGAUGAGCUUCAGGAGAAAUGUCGGGCUCUGCUUCAGCUGGAGAAGCGAGUGGCUGAGCUGCAGGCGGAGGCCGAGCGCACCUCGGAGGAGAACGCCUCCCUCUGCCGGGGGAAGAAGGAACUGCAGGAGGCGCUAACCGGCCUUCGUGAAGAGCGAGCCACUCAGGAGGACGCCAUCAGUGCUCUGGAGAAGAAGCUCCGAAACACAGAAGAGGCCCUGCAGGAGGUCAGCAAAUCCAGGGAGGAGGCCGACACCGCUCUGCAGGACCUGCUGCGCCGCCAGACGGAAGCGCUGGCGGCCCUGGAUGAGGCUAAGGAAGCCCGAGAGGAAGUCUGGGUGGCCCGGGAGGACCCCUGCUCGGCCCUUGACGCUUGCAAGAGAAGCAGAGAAGCGACGCCGGAGCGGCAGAGGACCAGGAAAGAGGAAGUCGGCAGGCUGCUCGACGAGGUUCCGAGGCUGACUGCUGCACUGAAGGCUUCCCAACAGCAGGUUGCCAAUGAGAUGUUGAGAGCAGAACAAGCGUCCACUCAAUUGCAAGCUGCCCAGGAGCACAUCACCGCCCUCGGCCAAGACCUCCGCGAUGCCCUCGACCAGCAGCCCAGCAAAGCUACGGCCCGAGAAAGCGCGGCGAGCGAGAGCCGAACAUCGGAUCCGCUGCCCGUCAAAGAUCUCGCCCGCGAGAAGCUCUGGUCGGAGCAGCUGCGGGAGAACGUCGGCCUACGCCAUGCGGCGCAGGAGUUCCGAGAACAGCGCCGGAUGGUCCGAGAUCUCCGAGAGCGGCUGCGCGAAGGCCAGGAAGCGUCCGACAAGCAGCUGGAGGAAGUCGGCCGUGAACUGUGCGUACAGGAAGCGUCGUGUCGGCGCCUCCGGCAGGAGCUCAGCGAGCAAGAGCUCACGACAGAGCGACUGAAGAGGGAAUUACAGGAAGCAAGUGCCGGAAGAUGUGCGGCCGAAGAGGACCUCGGCAGGGCAAACGCAGCGCUUGCGGCUCAAGUGGCGUCCUCGAAGGCAGAGGAGGAGAAGACAGCGAAGCUGCUGAAAGAUGAGGAGGUCCAGACGGAGCAGCUUCACAUGCUGGCAACUCCGAUCAAAGCGUCCCAGCCGCAGGCGGAUGGGCCGAAUGCGGACGAGCUGGAGAGCAAAUUGCAGGAGCAAGAGGCGCAGAUGGCGGCUCUGCAGAAGAAGCUGCAGGAGGCGCAGGCGCGUCGCGACGAAGACGAUGUCCAGGCGCUCCAUGAGUGUCGGCGGAGGGAGGCCGAGCGGCGCCGGGAGUUGCUGGCCGCGGCGCACGAGGCCAUCCAGCAGAAGGACGCCGAGCUGGAGAAGAGAUCCCUCGAGAUCGCCAAACUGAAGGAACUUGCCAAGCAGGACUCGGACAAAGUCCAGAGCCUGAGUGCGAAUCUGCAGAGGAAGGAAGAGGACUCUUCCGACCUCCGAGAAAAGCUGGCCGACUACAAGAAGCAGAUCCAGCAGGUCCACAAAGAUAUCUCCAGCAUGAAAGAGGAAGAGAGGCUCUUGAGACAGAAGCUGUCAGACGUGGAAAGGCUGAAGAAGCAGCUUCAGUCAGACCUCACAAACAGAGACAGAACGAUCCAACAACUCAAGGCAGAGCAGCCCGCGGAGAGCAAGUGUGCCGAGACACUGCGGCUGUACCAUGAAGCUCAUCAAGAGCUGGAGGCCAAACAGCGGCUGGUGGACGAUAUGCGCUCGGCUCUCGCCGAGCAGGAGGAGACGCAGGAGCAGAUGGAGCGCAUGCUGGAUGACAAACUCCACCUUAUCCAGGAGCUCAAUAACGAGGUGGACAAAGUGAAGGAGAUGUUGAGAAAACAAAACGCCGGCCACGCGAGCCAAUGCGCCGAGGCCUUGUCACGUGACCUCCAGCUGGCCAAAGAAGAAGCCAUGAGCGCUCACCAGAACAUCACGCUGUUUGAGGAGAAGCACCUGACGGAACGUCAAAAGUGGCAGGAGGAGAAGAUGGCGCUGAUUGGUCAAAUCAAGGAGGCGGAGGACAAGCGCAACCAGGAAAUGAAGAAGUUUGCGGAGGACCGAGAGCGCUACCUGGCCCGGCAGGCUGAGCUGGUGAGCUACCCUGGUCUUAAAUCGGCAUGGUCAAGAGUCGUCAUGUCGCCGCCAGAGGCUGGCGGCGGCGUGGCGGAGACGGAAAGUCACGCGACAUCGCUCAAAGAGGACAGCGAGCUUGCGGGUGGCCGACUGGAUGACGCUGACGCUAAGGGAUCGUCGGGGUGCCCGUCCGUGCUGGAAUCGUCGGAGAUCUCCACGGAGAACGGGCGCGCCAGCCGCUUCCCGCAGCCCGAGAUGGAGAUUUCCUUCAGCCCGCUGCAGCCCGACCGCAUGGCGCUGCGGCGCCGGGGCGACCCGAGCGCCGUCACCGUCAAGAUCACACGUUCGAACCGCAAGAGGAAGAGCGCCGACAUGGACAAGAACACUGUAUUUUCGUGUUUGGAUUUUUUUUUCCACAUAGCUUUUAAACAACUCUCACUUGCUUCCCCCCCCCCCCCCCCCCCCCCCCCCCAAAUGGUCACUUUUUACAAACGUCCGACAAAUCAACCCCAGCAGGAUGAAGUGGAGGCAGAGAAUCGAAGAAACGCUAAAGUGACGCCGACACUGAGCGAGCACCAAGAGGAGCAGUCCCGUUCGUUGGCGCCCUCUGGCUCCCGCAUGGCCCGCACUCGGAAAGACGCAACGCUGCAGAAGAUCGGCGAUUUCUUGCAAAGUUCGCCCACCCUCAUCGGUUCCAAAGCCAAGAAGAUGAUGGGCCUGGUGAGCGCCUCGUCGUCCUCUUCCUCCAUUGGCCUGAGAAGCAAGAAGAGCAAAAGGAAGUUGUUCAGCGCCGACAUCUCCUCCCCCAUGGCCGUCCCCGCGCACCCGAUGGUCGGUACCAGCCUGGUGACUCAGGACAAACAAAGCGAUCAUCUCAUCAUCAAAAGACGACUUCGCUCCAGAAUUGGCAACUAACACACACACAUGCACACGUUUGUAUACUUGUUCAUGUUCUGUUUGUGUGCGUCAAGCCACCAUAAUGCCAUUGUUUGCGCUUGACCAAGUUGCGCCCCAUGUUGUCGGUCUUGCCUCGCUCGCCACAAGGACUGCUGGCGUGCUAGCCAUCCGGAGGAGCGCGGCGACGUUCGUACCACCGGGUGCGCACAUGUCUUGCUGUCUUUCUGCUAAGCUAGGCUAAGCUAAUGUUGCAACGAGAGGAACCUCAUGGAGGGCAUUUCGAUUUGAUCACUGUCUGACCGUUGACGCUAACUAGCCCGUUCACUUUAUUUCAUUGUUGAUGUGCAAUUUGACUCGUUGUUUGAGCGCUAAACGAUGCUAACUCAUUAGCGGUUUUGGUUUUCAUGGCAUCACUGGAUGGUUGUGCACUUUAAACACUUCCGGUUUGUCUUUGAAGAACGCUUGGUUUGAGGAUUAAAAUGUUCGGAUGGUUUAAAAUUCA